GCUAAUAAUAUUCAUGACAGGCAGCGGAGAGGGAACUUUUGUUUUUCACUGCUUACACGACACAAAUUGAAUUCCGUGCAAAGCCGACCUAUGUGUUCGAGCCCAGAUAAGAACUGUAGCAAAUCUUGAAUCGGGGUAAACAGUGCGAGGUUAGGAGGGGCAGGAGAUAGAAGAAGCCGGGCAGGACAGGAGAGGGGAGAGGGCAGAAACCGGGGGCGGCAAGAUGGUAAAAAAGGAGAGAGGCUAGCGAGGAGAGGACAGUGAAGAGGAGAGAAGUUGGGGAGGAGAGUAUAGUGAAGAAGAUGAAAGGCUGCGGCGGAGGAGAGGAUAGUGAAGGGGGGAGAGUUUGGGGAGGAGAGGAUAAUGAAGAAGGUGAGAGGCAGGAAGGCGCUGCGGCUCCCCUCCCUCUGGCGGCGCGGAGCAGCUGGGAGGAGCCGGGAACUGGUGCUGAGCAGCGAGCCUGGCACUGGGCUGAUUCAUUGCCCGGACUGCCCUCAGCCUGCCCUUAUAUCGAGUUACCGGAGUGAUUGGCGGCACCAGGCGGGCUGCUGGAAGGAUGUCCCUUCCUUGGGGACACAGAGAGAGAAUCAGUGAGCGGUAGCCUGGCAGAGCGAGUGUGAGCCGGGAGGAGGGAGGCAGCAGCUCGGUCUGUGUCCCUGUCCCCGUGUGUGUUUGUGUGUGUGUGUGUGUGUGUGUGUGUGUGAGAGAGAGAGAGAGAGAGACGGGGGGGACAGGGGCGGUGUGUCUGAUGGGCCGGAGAUGUUGGCCAGGAAAGGCCUGGUGCCCGAGGAAUAUGUGCUGCGGCUGGUGGAGGACGUGUCCAGGCCCCGGUACCGGGCCCGGGAGCGCAAGGUGCGCUUCGUGGCCAAGAACGGCGCCUGCAACGUGGCGCACACCAACAUCCGAGAGCAGGGCCGCUUCCUGCAGGACGUCUUCACCACCCUGGUGGACCUCAAGUGGAGGCACACGCUGCUCAUCUUCACCAUGUCGUUCCUGUGCAGCUGGCUGCUCUUCGCCAUGAUCUGGUGGCUGAUCGCCUUCGCUCACGGAGACCUGCACCGGCCGGGGGCUGGGACCGAGGGGGCCGUGCCGUGCGUGACCAGCCUGCACUCGUUCACCUCGGCGUUCCUCUUCUCCAUCGAGGUGCAGGUCACCAUCGGCUUCGGGGGCCGCAUGAUCACCGAGGAGUGCCCGGCCGCCAUCACCGUGCUGCUGGCGCAGAACAUCGUCGGCCUGGUCAUCAACGCCAUCAUGCUGGGCUGCAUCUUCAUGAAGACCUCGCAGGCGCACCGCCGCGCCGAGACGCUCAUCUUCAGCCGCCACGCCGUGGUGUCGCCGCGCAACGGCCGCCUCUGCUUCAUGUGCCGGAUCGGCGACCUCCGCAAGAGCAUGAUCAUCGGCGCGACGGUGCGGCUGCAGCUGGUCCGCCAGACGGCCACGGCCGAGGGCGAGGUGCUGCCGCUCGACCAGAUCGACGUGGAGAUGGACAGCCCGGUGGGCGGCGGCGGCAUCUUCCUGGUGGCGCCGAUCAUCAUCGCGCACGUGAUCGCGCCCGGCAGCCCGCUGUACCCGCUGCGCGCCGCCGACCUGCACAGCCGCCAUUUCGAGAUCGUUGUCAUCCUCGAGGGGGUGGUCGAGACCACCGGCAUCACCACCCAGGCCCGAACCUCCUACCUCUCCGACGAGAUCCUCUGGGGCCACCGCUUCGUCGCCGUCGUCAGCCAGGAGGACGGCCGCUACUCGGUCGACUACUCCAAGUUCGGGAACACCGUCCGGGUGCCCAUGCCCGACGCCGAGCAGGCCGGGGGCCACGCCGCGCCUCACGCCGCCACCUUCGACAUCUUCCCGCCGCCCGAGCACACCACCCGCAGGAGGAAGCUCACGGAGCCGCACCGCCAGCACUCCGAGACCGGGGAUGAGGAAGAGCAAGGGAGCAGCGAUAGGCCCUGAAGUACACAGGCAGGCAGAGACAGUUCCCAAAUCCAAAGGAACCCGAUGUACUUAAAUAUAUAUUAAACAUAUGGCUCUUU